GAGGCCCAGGUGUUACUUGCCAGGUACAGGGGUGUGAUGUGUAGCGUCCUGGAGGACAGCAGAUUGGCUAGAUUACAGCUGGAGGGCGGAGCCAACCUGUCCCGCCUCCGUAAAGAGGAAACCAGUGUCAGCCUCAGCGACGACUACAGAGAUGCCGUAGAGGUUGUGGCUGGUCUGUAUGAUCAGGUGGAUGAGCUGGUUCACAGGCUGGUGAUGCUGUCCAACCAACGCACUCAGGAACUGGACUUUAUCAUGGAGUUCAAGAGUCUGGAGCAGGGAUUCAAGGAGGUGAGUGACUGGAUUGAGGAGGUAGGAGAGAGUCGUCUGAGGACGCUCGGAGAGCUGGAGGAUUCUCUGGAGCAGCUGCACAGGAAACAGACCCUCUUCAGAGACUUCUACACUGCUGCCUAC